UCUGCUAUCUUUAUCGAUUGUUCAGUGAGAAUUUCAUGACAUUUCAUUGAUUGGAAUUGAAGUUGUUGCGUUUUAAGUGUCAGUACGUUUGUGUUAUCGGUGCGAAAAUGAGCUUCGAACAAAGAGCCAAUAUUAAAGUUUGUUUUAAAAAAGUGGUUUCAACGUUUUCAAAAUGGUCGUGAUCACCGGAAAUUCCAUCGAAACUAUACGUGAAUUCAUCAAAAAUCAGACGAAAUCAUCAAUGAAAUUCAUGUAAAUGGAAUUGAACAUCUCCAAAACAUUGAUUUAUCGCAUUUUGACCGAACAUUUGUUCUUACGAAAGGUGUGUACACGGUUUGCUCCGCACAAAUUGACUAGGACCAAAAAUUGCUCAGAAUCCAACAUUCGAAGGACAAUUAUUUGACCAAAAAUCACAUUUUAACCAUUAACCACUCCCCGUAUUCACCUGAUAUGGCACCGUGCGACUUCCUCCUUUUCGGAAAAAUGCAUUUGCCCAUGAAAGGAAAGCGUUAUGCAGACGUUGAGGCCAUUCAAAGGGCUUGCACCGGCAUACUGGCGGCCAUACUCGUUCGACAUGGAGACUAUUUUGAAUAAAAUAAAUUGAUUUUGCCGAAAAAAGACAUUUGUUCUGUGCUUUGGAACGUACCUUGUAUUACUAAACUGUUUUGUCUGUUAGCGAUAUGUUAAAACAUUAAACAGUAACUACAUAAAUUGCAAUUAAUACUUGAUGAAGGUUUGGCUAAUAAAACAAAAUAGAGAAGAUUCCAGGGUUUUUUUUUAUAUAAAAUAACAAUUAUAUUUACAAUUUUUUCCUAGCUUUAGGGUUCGUAAAAGUAUCAAUGACUUCGUUUAAAUCCAGGCUAGAGCGGUUCUAAAUAACCUUUCAGCUGCUGCAGAAGUCACUAAUAAUAAUAAUACUUCCGUUUGGUCGCAUUCCAGCACUACAUAUUUGCUCAUUAUUUCCUUACAUAAUUAGUGAACAUAUCCGUGAACUGUUAGUUAGUUGAGGUAAAACUAUGUGGUAAAUAUUACGGCCUAUUACAUCUGAAUAUAUUCUUUGGAAUUCGACACACUUUUGUAAUGAACUUAAUUCAUCAACAAGUAAUAAAAAUAUAUGACAGACUGCACACAUAUCAAUAAAGCGUGUAUCUAACUGAGAUAUCACUGUGUCUAGUACAAUAUUUAAAGUCUCAUUUAAAUAUUUUUUCUGGGUUUGAAAACCGGUAAUAAACAGCUAAUUCAUUAAUACGUUUUUUAACUUUUCUUUGCUUAUUUUCUCAAAAUUGGGUAACAGUGUCAUAUUUUCUUGGAAUUUCUCUGACUUUGCUCUUGAAUAAUUGGAAAUGAUUUCUAUAAAUUUGCAACUAUGCUUUGGUCUCUGCUCGCCUCGCCCAAAUUGAUGCCGCAUAUUUGUAAAGUUUUGAAUGCCUAAUUGAUGUUGUUCAAUAUACUGUGCAUGAAUUCGCAAAGCAAUCGCACGAACUCGAAAUUAAACAUUUUUGUUUUACACUAUCUGCUUCAGUACGCUCAUCUUUUUUAGGACUCUUUAGAACUAUUUCUGCUAAUACUUUUGUACAUUUAUGCCGGUAUUCUGCUUGUCACGAUUGUCUCAUGUCUCUAAUUGAGACAAUCGUAAUUUAGUGACUCUGUUAGUCAGGAUGUCUCAUUUUGGUAUUCUGGCAGAUACAGUCUCAAAAAUAUUCACCAAAUAGUAUGGUGAAAAGAAGGGCAGCAAUCAGCUGUUUAGUUUAGCUGAUUAGAGAUGAAUGCAAGUGCACAAUCGUAAUGUAUGAAACGAUUACAUGCAAUUAUUUUUUUUUUUCAUAAAAUUUCAGCAGUAAAACUUCUUCUUAAUAAUUGCACAGUACAAUUAUUGAAAACUAAUACUGAAAUAGUUUAUAAUAAAUGCUUAACAUAUGCAUUUUAUCUGAAUCAAUUGUUAAGUAAAUAUGAAAAAAUUUAACAACACAGUUAUCGAUUAACACAUGUGUUCAUCCUUAUAUUUGAUAAUAAUGGAAAAGGAAGAUCAUAAUAAAGUGUUGCGCACCUCGAAGGAGCAAAUAGAGUGCUAUCUAAAUUUUGUGCGGGUUCACCCGGAGAUAAAGUUGCACAAAAACGACCCAUCGCGGCCGAAAAGAAUGGAGGAGCUUUGGGCGGAACUCUCCGUGCAAUUAAAUGCCCUAAAAGGGCCCACUCGGAACCCCACAAAAUGGAGAGAGAAUCUGAGCCAUUGGAAAAACCAAAUAAGGUCACGCGCAAGGAAAGCCAAGGCGCACAAGCUGGUGACAGGUGGCGGUCCCAGCUUAACAAGUGAGCUCUCUGAAACAGAGCAGAGAGCGUUAGAAACGUUAGGGUCAAUUGCGGUUGAUGGGUUGGCAGAUGUACCAACCAUUGGCACAGAGGAAGAAGUAGUUUUCACAGCUGCACCGUCACCUCUAAAUACGACUUCGGAUGCAUCCAAUGAUUGCAUUCCGUCAUCGUCCCGUAGUAAAAAAAUGACGACGGACGAAAUGUUCCGAAAUUAUUUGGAUUUAAUGGAAGGAAAAGCCGAGGAGGAGAGAGCUUUCCGUAUUCAAACCUUAGAUUCCAUUAAUAAACAAUCGGAAUCCAUUAAUAAUUUAGCGGCAGCGAUGGUAUUGCUUGCUCAGACCAUCGUAAAAAACACCGAAGAUUGUACAAAAAAGUAAAAAAUGUGCUUUUUCAUGUACAUAUUAAUUAUUUUGUUGUGAUGUUUUUUGUACAAAAAAGUGAAAGUGAAAAAUGUUCCUUUUUAUAUACUUGUAUGAAUUAUUUUAUUGUUAUGUGUUUUGUACAAAAAAGUGA